AUGGGUAAAGAAGUUGUGGAGGAUGACGGAAGUGAAUUAGAGGAAGUUCUUGAUCUUUUCCGAAGGGAGGAAUUAAAUUCUGAAGAAGGAUGGGGGGUUGAGGAAGCAAUUGGCGUCCAGGCUAGGGAAGAAGUUGAGGUGGAAGAGGCUUGCACCCGCCCUAUGUUACAAGUAAUAUCUCCACCAAACUUCAAGGAGCUUCUUGGCAAGGACCCAUUUGCGGUGUCUCUUUGCCAGACCAAGGCCACAUCGACAUCGGUCCCUCUUGGUGGAUGCGAUGGUGGUCAGUCGAUGCUAGUAUAUCUAGUUUGGAGCAAUGAGACGAGAGAAGAGAAGAAGAGGUCUCGAGGAUGGAGACUUGCAUCAAGUGCAUGA